ACAUCUCAUCUUCUCCAACAAUUCACUUCAAUUUACACUACAAUCAAUCACAUCUUCGUCUUCCCCAAUUAAUUGCCUGCAGCUCUAUAAUACACAAAUCAAUUGAUGGAAGAUCAAUUGUACAACCGAGUAUUCAGCCACUUCGACGCGAACAAGGACGGCAAGAUAUGCGCCGCGGAGCUGCUCCAGUGCCUGGCCUCUAUUGGAGCGGAGAUGACGCCGGAGGAGGCGGCGGCCGCCGUGGCGGCCAUGGAUUCCGACGGGGACGGCCUGCUGUCUCUGGAAGAUUUUCUGCGGAUAGUGGAGGCGGCCGGAGAGGAGGAGAAGACCAGAGAUUUGAAGGCGGCGUUCGGGAUGUACGAGGAGAGCGCCGGCGCCGGCGGAUGUAUCACGCCUAAAUCCCUGCGGAGAAUGCUGAGCAGACUGGGGGUGGGGGAGAAGACCGCCAUUACUGUUGAAGAUUGCAGAGGAAUGAUAGCUUCUUUUGAUCUCAAUGGCGAUGGCGUCCUCAGCUUUCAUGAGUUCGUCGCCAUGAUGUCCCCCUCCUCCUCCUCCUCCUGAUCUUCAUCUCCUCCAUAGCUACUGUUUCUUCCAGCUUGAUUUAUAUAUAUAUAUAUAUAUGUAUGUAUUUAUUCCUAGGUCGAUCAGUUUGUGAAUUCUCUAUAUUUUCUGAUCGACGACAUAUAUGAUUCUUUAGUUUUAGGGUUUUGUAGCUGAUGAUGAUUGUUCAUUGAUUUUUUUAAUUAAAUAAAUAAAUAUUAAUUAAUUUUUUUUUAUCUUCA